CCUCCCCGCGCGUGCGUGCUACGCCGCGGCUUCAGGCGCUGAGGGGAGAGGCGCCGCCGCCAGCGCCGCGGUGGGGACCCGUUAGAGCGGAAGCGCUUUUGCCGCCGCCACCGCCUUCGCUGUCCCGGGCCCCACGUACCGGGCAGGUAGGAGGCGGGAGCCAUGUCGAAGCGGCUCCGAAGUAGCGAGGUGUGCGCUGACUGCAGCGGGCCGGAUCCUUCCUGGGCAUCAGUAAAUAGGGGAACUUUUAUAUGUGACGAGUGCUGCAGUGUCCAUCGGAGUCUAGGGCGCCAUAUCUCUCAAGUAAGGCAUCUUAAACACACACCGUGGCCUCCAACAUUGCUUCAGAUGGUUGAAACCUUGUAUAAUAAUGGUGCUAAUUCUAUAUGGGAGCAUUCUUUGCUGGACCCUGCCUCUAUAAUGAGUGGAAGACGUAAAGCUAAUCCACAGGAUAAAGUACAUCCUAAUAAAGCAGAAUUCAUCAGAGCCAAGUAUCAGAUGUUAGCAUUUGUUCAUCGCUUGCCCUGCCGGGAUGAUGAUAGUGUGACUGCCAAAGAUCUUAGUAAGCAACUCCAUUCAAGCGUGAGAACAGGGAAUCUUGAAACCUGUUUGAGGCUGUUAUCUUUAGGAGCACAAGCCAACUUUUUUCACCCCGAAAAAGGAAACACCCCGCUCCAUGUUGCCUCCAAAGCAGGGCAGAUUUUACAGGCAGAAUUAUUGGCAGUAUAUGGAGCAGACCCAGGCACACAAGAUUCCAGUGGGAAAACUCCUGUUGAUUAUGCAAGGCAAGGAGGGCACCAUGAGCUGGCAGAGCGUCUUGUAGAAAUACAGUAUGAGCUGACUGACAGACUAGCCUUCUAUCUCUGUGGCAGGAAACCAGAUCACAAAAAUGGACAGCACUUUAUAAUACCUCAAAUGGCAGAGAGCAGCCUGGAUUUGUCUGAAUUGGCAAAAGCUGCUAAGAAGAAACUUCAAUCUCUAAGUAAUCAUUUGUUUGAAGAACUUGCCAUGGAUGUGUACGAUGAAGUUGACAGGCGAGAGACUGAUGCAGUCUGGCUUGCCACGCAAAACCACAGCACCCUGGUGACUGAGACAACCGUCGUCCCCUUCCUUCCGGUCAAUCCCGAGUAUUCAUCGACACGGAACCAGGGCAGACAGAAAUUAGCUCGGUUUAAUGCCCAUGAAUUUGCCACGCUGGUUAUCGACAUUCUCAGUGAUGCCAAGAGGAGACAGCAGGGCAGUCCUCUCUCUAGUUCAAAAGACAAUGUGGAGCUCAUACUGAAAACAAUCAAUAACCAGCACACUAUUGAGAGUCAAGACAAUGAUCAGCCGGACUAUGACAGCGUGGCAUCAGACGAAGACACAGAUCUGGAAGCCACUGCAAGCAAGGCAAACAGACAGAAGAGCCUAGAUUCAGAUUUAUCAGAUGGACCAGUCACUGUGCAGGAAUUUAUGGAGGUCAAAAACGCCCUAGUGGCUUCUGAGGCCAAGAUACAACAGCUAAUGAAGGUGAAUAACAACUUGAGUGACGAGCUGAGAAUUAUGCAGAAAAAGCUUCAAACACUCCAGAGUGAAAAUUCGAACCUCAGGAAACAGGCCACAACCAAUAUAUAUCAGGUGCAAACUGGUUCUGAGUACACAGAUACUUCCAACCACUCUUCCUUAAAGCGACGUCCAUCUGCCCGGGGCAGUAGGCCCAUGUCCAUGUAUGAGACGGGAUCAGGUCAGAAACCAUAUCUCCCAAUGGGAGAAGUGAACCACCCUGAAGAGAGCAGGACAAGACUCCAGCCUUUCCCUGCACACAUCGGGAGGAGUGCGCUUGUGACCUCCUCUUCAUCUCUGCCUUCCUUCCCCUCUACACUUUCCUGGUCGAGGGAUGAAAGCACCCGAAGGGCAUCCAGGCUGGAGAAGCAGAACAGCACACCUGAAAGUGACUAUGACAACACUCCCAAUGACAUGGACCCAGAUGACAUGGGGUCAAGCAGGAAGGGAAGGCAGAGGAGUAUGGUGUGGCAAGGUGAUGGCUCAGUACCAGAUACGGCAGACCCCCUAAUGCCCCCAAGCCCCAUUCUCCCCAGCACCGAAGACGUCAUCCGGAAAACCGAGCAGAUCACCAAAAACAUACAGGAGCUCUUAAGAGCUGCCCAAGAAAAUAAACACGACAGUUAUAUUCCCUGCUCAGAGAGGAUACAUGUAGCUGUUACAGAAAUGGCAGCAUUGUUCCCCAAAAAACCCAAGUCUGACAUGUUGAGGACUUCCCUUCGCCUACUGACAUCCAGUGCCUACCGACUUCAGUCAGAGUGCAAGAAAACCCUCCCGGGGGACUCAGGUCCGCCCACGGACAUCCAGCUGGUCACACAGCAGGUCAUCCAGUGUGCGUAUGACAUCGCCAAGGCCGCUAAACAGCUGGUCACUAUCACCACCAAAGAGAACAACAACUGAAUAGUAGAGUGCUGGCCCUUCUAUUUUCUAGGCUUUUCAAAGUCCGGUUUCAAAUUUAAACAUGGAACUCAUCCAAUUUUUAUAGAAACAAACAUUUAAUGAAAGUUUAAAACUUUUAAAAAAAAAACUCAGUAUUAUUUUUGCAUGUUUUCUAACAGAUUUUCAACUAUUAAUUUAACCCACUUGCCUUAUUUUUGUGCCUGUUUGCCAGUUUACUUUCUGAUGUUCUAUUGUGCUGUUAGUGACUGUCGAGUUAAUGAUCAUAAACAUCCAAAAGCAUAGCUUCAUUGUUUCAAGUUUGUUAGAAUUCUUCCAGCCCUUUAAACUCCUUGACUAUGGUUAAAACUAUAAAUGAAAUAAUUUUUAGCGAAACAUUUUCUUGAGAGAGUUGGGUUUAAAAAAAAAAAAAAAAAAUGUUUCCUACCAAGCAUUGUGCAAUAAGUGAAUUUUCUACCCUACUGCAAGAAUCUCUAAGUUUGGAAUAUCUCUAAGCAUCUAUGUAGACACAGGAUUUUGCCACUUUCUAAAAAUAGUGUAAUGGUCUCUCUUGAAAGGAAACAGUGAAUUGUUCCAUUUCUUUUAACUGUUCUAUCAUGUCAGAUGUUUUUUAAUUUUUCUAUCUUGAUAUUCUCUUUCUAUUUUACUAUCAUCCUGAAGUCUCUGUGGCAUCACAUAAGCACUCAUCCUCCACGUCGUGUGACAUUUGGCCAUGUCCAGGUAGGCACACCACCACAUUGUCACGCGUAGUCCACUCCUCUUGCCUUAUCACAGGAAACCUGACGUUUCAUUCCAUACGUACAGCAAAGAGGAACAUCAGUCCACAGGCCAUAACUCAUUCUCGACCACUUCGUUCCACUAUCAUUGCCAUAAACCAAGGAAAGAAAGAAUCUACUCCCUGACCUUGUAUUGUACCUCUCAUCCAAAACUCGCUUACUCCUUUAACCACUUAAAGCUUUCUCACACAACCUGCUUCACAUAGCUUGUUUCCUUGAAGGACUUCUUAUAAGGUAAGAUUUAUAUAACCAUCUGAGUUUGUUUCUCCUCCAUUACCUCACUGGUACUUAAAAAUUAGACAUCGACUUUCAAGAAUUCCUUAGAGUGAACUAACUGACUAUUUACUAUCCCAAAGCUAUGAAAGAGUAGAUUUAAGUUCUGGAACAUACUGAGUUUGUUUUCUCAGUUGCUCAAGAGACCUUUCUUGUUCUGAAUGCUAAAACAUAUUCCUGUUCCUGCUUAGUGCAGCAGUUUUUUGUGGGUGUGGCUCAGACCCUGACCUAGACCAGAGGGGCCAGGCAGUAGUGACAAAGAUGAAUGAAGUGAGCCAGGUGCAAAAAUGGGCUUGGGGUUGCCAGAGCUUUCAUUUCUCAAGAGACCCCAGAAAUCUGGAUGUUUUUUGUGCCAUCUGUGUUUCUAAAUGUUGGCGACUGAUGUCAACAUUUUCAAGUACACAUGUGGGAGAGCUGUGUUCUCUAGCCUGCCAGCUCACAGCCUCUGCCCUGGGGCCCUGUAGACUGCAGUGUGAGGGCCUGGCUUCCCUGGCCACACCUGGUUUGGCCUCAGCCUUACCUGGAAUGUGGCCACCCUACCUUGUGUUAAAUUGCUGUUUGUCCUUGUUUUACCCAUAUAUUCUGUCCCAUAGUGCUCAUUUACACAUGUGAAGGAGUCAAAAUAAUCAAAGUUGCCUAAAUACAUGCUAAAUGAGCCUGUAUUUUCACAGAACUGUUUGAUUCACAAUCACCUUUGUAGCUUGACCGUAAGCUGUUAUGAAAGGAGCACCGCGAUGGUGUUUGGUUUACCGAGUCACUGUGUGUGGAUGCUUUUGCCAAGUUUUGCUACACUGAGUAGCAUGGGGAAAGGGUCCACAUCUCCAAAAGACUCAUCCACUUGCUUGUCUGCACAACCCUAAGUGCCAUGCUCCCAUCAGAUGACGAGGGGAUGCCUUCUUGAAGGAUGUCUUCUACUUUUAAGUUCAAGCACCAUCUGCAAGUACUUAGCUGUCACUCCUCUUUUUUGCAAACACCUGCCCUCCUGUUGGCCCAUGUGGGGUCUUCGGGAAAGGCCCAGCAGCCUUGAGUUGGUGUCCUUGGCCUCCUGGGGGGACAGGCUUCUGAAUAACGAGUCAUCUGUAGUGGAUGAAGCAAUGUCUUCACUUGAGUAUUCAAAGUCCUGCGAUGGAGGACACUGUUUCUGUGCCCCUAGAGAAAGUCAGGGAAUGUGGGGACCAACAAAGCAUUUCAACAAUUGUAAGAACACCGCAGAAAUGUGCUCUGUUAACCUACAGUGCCAAAACUCUGGAAAGAAGUUCUCAAGUGGAGUGACGUGCGGUGACAGGAGGGCUGCAAGUCUUCCUUCUCUUUAAGUGCCCUGCACAUUUCCUCAGUCUCAUCUGAGAUCUGGUGUCGGAAGUUCUCUGGUCCUGUUGGCAAAUCGCACCUUGUCUGAACGGUUGUUCACUGCCUUUUGCACAUGGGUUCCAUAGCCUUGCACUAAUGCCUGUGUUCUGUAAUGUCAUUAUUUUGCCCUUUAUUCUCAAAUCCUCCCCCCCGCCCCCAAAGCUGGUAGGACAGAGGUGCACUUUACAAAACUGGCACUUGCUGAAGAGGAGACAGCUCCACCCCUAAGCUCCUUUAACUGAUGUCAUCUUCUGCCUCAAAAUGCAAAUAGUUCUUAUUUGCCAAAGAACACUGAAUUUGGGCCCAAAGAUCGAAUACAGCACUUCAUAUAAUUGGAACUGUAAACGCACAACUCGGGAGCUGUUAUCCAAUUCCUCAAGCAAUUUAAGCUGUAGAAUCAAGAGUGAGACUAGCAUAUGUUUGUCCUCCACAGCAACUGUGAGCUUUCCAAACAAUUUUCGUUCUUUCCUCGUCCCAGUUGAAGGUCACCCUUGUCUUUACAAAGGAAAAUGCUGCAUAGGAAAAAUGAAAUGCCUUGUAUUCAAAUGUUUUAUCCAUGUCACCCAUUAUUCUGUACUUAUUUUUCAUUUUUAUUGUACAUUCUAUUCCUGUAAUUAUUGUACAACCCUUUAAGCAUUGUAAAAUUGUUUUGGAAUUUGUGCCUGCUAGUUAUGCAAUAAACAGGCUCUUUAAGUGUC